AUAUAUUUAUGUAUGUGUAUUUUUUCAGCUAUUGUUGAAAAUUAUUAUGUAUAAUUUUCUUCUGUGAAAUUGAAUCAGUUACAUAAAUACACGAAGAGAUAUUAGACCGAUAAAAAACAGGUGAUUAUGUUUUUAAAAAUCUUCUUUCGAGCAUGUCAGCAAGUGUCUUUGGCUAUAAAAAAUAAUGGACAAGUAAUACUUCUUAGAUUAAGAUUACAAAGUAAAACGACAAAGUGGCGAACCGGGAAUCGUACUACGACGUUCCAAAGAAGGUGAGAAUGUCGUCAGAAGUGAAGAAAAUCGAGGAAAAGUUAGAAAAACCGACGGAGAAGACGGAGAAAGAAAACGUGCUCGACAACAAGACGAAAGAGGAAAAUGAGAAGGAAGUUGAUGAAGUUAAGGAACCGCCAAAAAAGUCGUUAGUCAAACGAAUAAAAGAAGAAUGGCAAUUGAUUGCUAAAAUUUUGGAACUCGUUCUUUGUGCUCUAUGCUUGGGAUUCUUUUACCAGCCAGCAGCAAAAUCAGCAAACUUCGCCAAACACCACUUGGAGCAAGUAGGACUAAUUUUCCUCACUUUCAUCGGCUACCUACUGAUUAAUGCAGUAUUUAUCGUCAGCAAACUAAUUAAAGACAGGAUACCCUUCAGAACGUCAGCGACUUUUUCUCUGUUGGCAGCAAUACUAAAUUUUAUAGCUGGAAUAGUGCUGAUCGUGGAUCGCAGAAACAAAUUCCAAGGGAUAUACUACGAACCGCAAAUGUACCUGUUAGGCAUGCUGACAGGAUCCACGAUAUUGUGCUUUGUAAACUCAGCAGUAUACGGUUUGGAUGGUGUUUAUACGUUUUUGUUAAAGAAGGAUUAUUAAGUAUAGGAUUUGUUGUAAAAUAAAUUAUUUAAGAUUAUUUUUAUGUAAUAUUUUUAUAUUGUAAAAAAAAGCCUUAUCAAUUCCGUCCGACAUAUAAAAUUGAGUAUGACUUAAUAAAGUAUAUAAUUUAAAUAAACUUUUUAAGAAAACAAACAAACA